UUGGCUAUUUGGCUGCUGCUUCUAUAAAUGAUAAAUCCGUUCUCGAUCACUUCGAACAAAGAACGCAAUUGACGAGGAGCAAGCUAGGAAUAUUACCUUGUAAUUGUGUGCAUAUAUGGCCAUCGCCGUCACGGGCACUGAGGACACAAGCGCCGGCGGCCGGGGCGCGGCGAUGCCCCACGUCGUCAUGGUGUCUUUCCCGGGGCAGGGCCACCUGAACCCGCUCCUCCGCCUCGCCAAGCGCGUCGCCGCCAAAGGACUCCUCGUCACGCUCUGUUCCACUGACGACACCGCUCGCCGCAUCGCUGCCGCGGCAUCCACCUCUGUCGGCGCACUCGCAGAGCCCACCCGCGUCGGCCGCGGCUUCAUACGCUUCGAGUUCUUCUCCGAUGGCAUCGCCCCCGACGACCCCGUGCGUUCAGACUUAGAUUUUCUCAUGGCCUCCCUCCGCUCCGCCGGGCCCCCCGCCCUCGCCGCCCUCGUCCGCCGCCAGGUUGUCCCCGUCGCCUGCAUCGUCAACAAUCCGUUCGUCCCCUGGGUCCUCGACGUCGCCGCCGACCUUGGACUCCCUAGCGGAGUCCUAUGGGUCCAGUCCGCAGCCGUCUUCUCCAUCUAUUACCACUGCCGCCACGCCCUCGCCGCCUUCCCUUCGGAGGACGACCCCGAUGCCAUCGUCCAACUCCCCGGCCUGCCGCCUCUGCGGCCGGAGGACCUCCCCACCUUUCUCCUCUGGACUUCGCCCUAUCAGAUCCUCAAAAGUGUGAUUUUAGAGCAGUUCGGCAAUUUGUCGAACGCCUCGUGGGUGUUCGCCAACACCUUCGACGAGCUGGAGCACGAAGCGAUCGAGGCGAUCUCGCAUCGCCAGGUCAUCAUCCCCGUAGGGCCGCUGGUCGAUCCGCCGCCGGAGGAAGGCGGAUCGAAGGAGAUCGGCGGCGGGGAGAUCAAAGCCGACCUGUUCAAGGCCGCGGACGAGUCGAUCCAGUGGCUGGCGCGGCAUCCACCCCGCUCAGUGGUGUACGUAUCGGUGGGAAGCGUGGUGGUGCUGACAGAGGAGGAGAUGGAGGAGAUGGCGUGGGGUCUGAAGCAGACCGGCCGGCCGUUCCUGUGGGUGGUGCGGAGCGACGCGCGGGAGAGGCUGCCGGCGGGGUUCGCGGAGGAAGUCGCGGCGGAGGGGAUCGGGAUGCUGGUAGAGUGGAGUCCGCAGGAGCGCGUCUUAGAGCACGAGGCGGUGGCGUGCUUCUUGACGCACUGCGGCUGGAACUCCACCACGGAGGCGCUCACGGCGGGGGUGCCGGUGGUGGCGUACCCGCAGUGGGGCGACCAGGUUCCGGACGCGAAGAUGCUGGAGGAGGCGUGCGGGGUCGGUGUAAGACUUCCGGCGCCGGCGACGAGGGCGGAAUUGCAGCGGUGCGUGAAGGCGGUGACGGAGGGCGAGAUGGCUGAAACGAUAAGGAGGCGUGCGAGUGAGUGGAAGGAGGCGGCGGCGAAGGCAGUGUCGGAGGGCGGGUCGUCGGACCGCCAUAUUCAAGCCUUCGUCGACGAGGUGACCAAGAGAGCGGCGCCGGCGUCGAACUGAGAGGGGCCCUCAUUUUUAAAUAAAUUACCGGUUAAUUAGUUGAUAGACGCGUCAAACUGAUAUUACCCGGGCAGUAAACAUGUGCCAGUUACGUGCAUAUCUAUUUAAUUUUUUUUUCACAAUAGCAUUAAUUGUUUUUAGAAAUAAUACCAAUUUGUAAUAAGUUUGAAUUAAAAGAUAAGAGAAAAUCAAAUUUAA